CGAUGCGUCCCCCUCGAUAUGUCAGAGCAGCAACAGGAGGACGAACAUAACUUUGAUGACGUCCCUCUCCAAGACGUCCCCCUCCAUGACGACGCCCCCCUCCAUGACGACGUCCCCCUCCAUGACGACGUCCCCCUCCAUGACGACGUCCCCCUCCAUGGAACACAUACACGAGAACGAGAACAACGUGACGUCUCCAUCCUGGGCGGUGCUGAGGGCCUUCCACGAACCGAGUCAUCAUCCCAUUACUCAAACUUACAGCUCCACAGGACGAAACGAGGAUCGGGCGUGGUGAUCCGGGGCCCCUUCUACCCCUACUACAGGCGACGACACUCCUUCAGGUACACUAGCCACGCCUCCUACCCCGCCUCUACACACGCCCUCUUGUUCCUGACGGGGUCCCUGGCUAUAUACUGCUGGUGGUGUGGGCCUUAGUGGUAGCCUAUCCGACACGCCCUGAUCUGACACCCGCAGGAAAGUGGAGUCGUUUGUAGUGGUAGUCAGACACACCCUGAUUCGACACACCCUGAUCCGACACACCCUGAUCCGACGAGCUGACACAUACCUCCAUUAUGGUUGUCUACACUACACUAACUCUACACAAUAACUCUCCUCUUUGACUCUCCGUUGUUUACACCAACUCAGCUGAUUCUAGCAAUACACUGAAUCAUUUUAAGCGGCUGAUUCUGUGGCUGCCAUAUAUAUGUUUGCAAAGUGUAGAUUGAUUCUGGCAUUGUAGUCUCAACUGAAUCAAGCAUCUUAGAAUCUUUGUUCCAUUGCGUCAGUUGAUUCAAGUAGUGUUUGUUUUUCUAAGUUACUGUGAAUAUUCUUUUAUCUAUUAACUAUAAAGGAUAAUAAAGAUGAUAAUAAUACUAAUUAAUAAUAUAAAUCCAUCAGUAGACACAAUUACAUGUAUAUAAUUAAAUAAUUCUAUAAGUCAUAUAUUAUAAAAGACUUUAUUCACUUUAUCUUUACCUAUUCUUAAGUCAAUCUAAUUUGCAUAAUUAUAAUGUUUACUAAUUUUGUUUGUUUAUUUAUUGUGACGUACUUACUGUUUGUAUUAAAUUAAUGUUAGUUUC